CUUCCCAACAAACUAAAUUCCUUCUUGUAUUUAUCCUAUUCCUUGCUUUGAAAUAACAAGAACAAAGUACACAGUAAGAAGCAUAAAUAAAGUCUUACCAACUAAAUAACACGCAUCACUUUUGUCCUUGAUUUGUUACUUUAACAUUUAUUUUGCUCUACAUCUUCACUCUUCAGUGUAAACACAUCCAAGAUUUUGCAGAUUCGUUAAUAUUCUGUUGGGGGUGUGUUUUACCGCUAAAAAUGAAAGCAGUUACAAGUUUCUUGUUAUCAUUAUAUAGCUGCGUAGUUGAGCUUGAGUACAAAAUUUGUACUGAUAAUGGAAAAGUAUCAUAAAUUAUAUUAGUGAAAUAUAGAUAUACUGUGAGUGUGGCAAUGGGAUCUGUAAAUGAGUUGUAUUCAAGGGAAGAGUUUAAUGUGGAAAGCAAGUGGUUGAUUGAUCCAAAGCUUCUUUUAGUUGGUCCAAAGAUUGGUGAAGGUGCUCAUGCCAAAGUGUAUGAGGUAAAAUACAAAAACCAGAAUGUAGCAAUAAAGGUGGUCCAUAAAGGGGAGACACCGGAGGAGAUUGUCAAGAGGGAAGCUCAUUUUGGAAGAGAGGUUGCGAUGUUAUCCAGAGUUCAACACAAGAACUUAGUGAAGUUCAUGGGAGCUUGCAUGGAGCCUAUCAUGGUAAUCGUGACUGAACUUCUAGGUGGGACGUUAAGGAAGUACUUGGUGAACACGAGGCCAAGAUGCUUGGAUAUGCGUGUUGCUAUUGGAUAUGCCUUUGAUAUAGCUCGUGGAAUCGAAUGUUUGCAUUCCCAUGGAAUCAUCCAUCGUGACCUAAAACCUGAAAACUUGCUUCUGACAGCAGACUACAAAAGUGUGAAACUUGCUGAUUUUGGUUUGGCAAGGGAAGAGUCAGUGACAGAGAUGAUGACAGCUGAAACUGGAACAUAUCGUUUGAUGGCCCCAGAGCUUUACAGCAUGGUCACUUUAAGGCAAGGAGAGAAGAAGCAUUAUAACCACAAAGUGGAUGCCUAUAGCUUUGCAAUUGUUUUAUGGGAGCUCAUACAUAACAAAUUACCCUUCGAGGGCAUGUCUAACCUGCAGGCUGCCUAUGCUGCUGCUUUUAAGAAUACCAGGCCAAACGCCGAUGAUCUUCCUCAGGAUUUGGCCUUAAUAGUGACUUCCUGUUGGAAAGAGGAUCCAAAUGCUCGUCCCAACUUCACUCAGAUAAUACAGAUGCUUCUUUCGACAAUUUCACCACCACAACCUCCCAGGAUUUUCACUUCACAAGCUGCUGUCUUGCCACCAGCAUCUCCAGGUAUGAGAACCUUAAUGGCCAAGCGUGAUGACUCAUGUGAGACCCCUACAACACCCAUGGAGAACCCGUCAAGUCGUUUCUUCUUUGUUUUAGCCAAUGUUACUGAUCCCAAUGGUUAACUACUCUCUUCUAGGAAGCUUAUAAAAUGUUCAGCCGCACUGUGGGGGCAUUUGCACGAACGGCCUUCUCUGAGGCAACUAUUUAAAUUCUAUCCCCGUUAGCCCAGUAAGCUAAAUUUGUUCAAACUACCUUUUUAUGUGAAAUUUAGUCCAACUGGGCAAGAAUUUAAAGAAUGGCCACAAAGGACAUAUAUAUGGUGCAAAUAGUCCGAGAAUUAGUUGUUGUAGUAAUUAGUAGACCAUGUAAUGUUGAACGUGAAGGUGGUUGCAGGGAGGUGCUUGAUUAGACUCCAUUGAUAUGAUUCUGAGCAUCUUGAUGCUGGAGGUGGGGUUGCUGCGAUGUACGGGUUUGGCAGUAGCUUUGGUUCAAAUUA